AUGGAAUAAUAUAAUAAAAAUAGUUUCAAAGUCAAAAAAUUUGAUGGAGAUAUUCCUAUAGAUGAAUUGAUGAAUCUAUAGAAAAAAAUCUAAACAGAAAAGUCUCAAGUUAAAUCAUAAUAACAAUAAUAAAUUCGAUAACCUUAAUAAUAAUAUGUAUAAAGAUAAUAAGUUUAACACUAAUAAUAAAAAUGCUAAUAAUAACAAUAAUUUCAACCAUUUUCUGGAUUUAAUUAAUAAUAAUAAUAAUAAUAAUAAUAAUCAAAAUCAUAAUAGGAUAUUUUUGCUCAAUUUAAUAAUCCGUAAUAAGGUUUUGGUUCUAAUAAUGUUUGGGAUAAUUCUAAUCAAUGGAAUUAAUAAUAAAAUAAUUUUUCAGCUUUUGAUAAUUUUGGAUUUGUUGCAACAUCUCAUUCUCCAAGUCCAAAUCCAUUCUAAUGGGAUUCUUAAUUUAAUCCACCAUAAUAAUAGCAAUAACAAUAAUAAUAAUAAGUCCACUAAAUGUAAAUUAAUUCAUUUUAAGCUUCUCCAGCAAAUAGUGCUUGGGAUAUGACAACUAAUUUUACUGAAUAAUCUCAUUAAUCAACCUAACCAUCAACUAAUUUUUGGAUUGGAAAUAGUUAGCAAUAAUUUGGAAUUCAAACAACAUAAAUUUAAUCAUAAUAAUUACCUCUAAAUCCAUAAUAGGAAACAAUAGAUUUGAUAGGAUUAAAUGAUCCUUAGCCAUAAUAACAACAGUAUGAUUUAUCAAAUAUAAUAUUAUGA